AUGCCUCCAAACUCUCUAGUCGAAUGGAUGAUCGGUCAGAAUGUUUCAACCACAAAACAGAAAAAGAUCAGUACCUUCCGUGAAGUCGUCAGGCUUCAGGUAGCAACUGAUGAUGAGUCCGGCGAAGACUCCAUUCUCUUGACAUACCCUCGCACACAUCAAUCGGGUAAAACCCUAGCGGCCACUCCGCCAGGCAAGAAGGUCAGAUUUGAUCAGAAACCUGCACUCAAGGACAGUUCAUCCCCGAUCAGCCUAUCCUCAUCGAGUUCAAGCGGCUCGAGCGAAGAAAAGCCGAAGAAAGUAGCCACACAGACUAUCUGCGAAAUUUCAGACAGCGAAGAAGACUCCGAACCACAUCCAACAUGCUCAUGUGCAGACUGCAGAGUUGGAAGGCGGAGAGCGAGGCGCCUUGCACGACUGAACAAGAAGCUCCAGGAAAGUUCAAGCGAUGCUUCUAGCGAUACUGCAGAGGCAAGUGAGCCCGUCCCGGAACCAAAGAAAGAUAAUCCACUUCCCAAAAAGAACGAAGCCAAGAAAAAAGCUGGAAAGAACAAAUCUCCCAAGAAACCAGCGCCUGAACCAGCACCCAUCGUGUCUGAAGCCAGUGAUACACCUGGCGAAACCACGGAGGGGACACAGACGGAAGGCGAUACAGACAAUGAGGCUCCGGCUGUGACACCACCCCCAGCUCCGCAGGAGGAGAAAAAGGAGCCUGCGGGUAAGAAGACAAAGAACGGCGGCGGAAACGUUGGCAAGGGUAAACAGGAGAAGAAAGUCAAGAACACGGACGAGAAAGUUUCAGACAACAAGGAAAAAAAUUCGGACAACAAGGAGAAAGAGGCACUGAUCGAAACAGCUUCCCAGGUUUUCAUUAAGUCACAGACUACAGAUAAACCUCUUCAGCUGCCUCCAUACUCACAAGAGUCCAACAUUCGACCACCAAACCUGCUUAUGCCAGUCAAAGCACAGGUAUUACAGGUUGAACAUGCCAUCGAGACCCCGGAUGAUCCGCGGCCAAAUGCGUUCGUUGACAACCAGUAUGGAGUUCUUCGCGUCUACCACGGCCCUGCCUAUGGCAAUGCCCUCGGAAAUCUCUACCCACGGCGGUCCUGGUCAGGCAAGGAUUUACCACUUGGGGCACCGCAUCCGAUGCACAACCCGUAUAUCCAUGGCUUUGGGCAACAUUCUCAGGGCCAAGGACAUGGCGGUGCUGUCCCGGAUGGCCAGGGUCCACAUAGCAUGAUGCCCCCAGGCUGGUAUGCGAUUCCAGGUGGCGAUGGUCAUUUGAUGCCUGCCAUCAAUCAAUGGGGCAUGCCAAAUACCGGCUACCAACCUCCUCCGCCUGAUGUACCGAUACCCAACCCUCCAGCUGCAACAGCUCAGCCCCCUGAAACUGGUGGAAUAAGCCUAAAGUUUGAUUCCCAUGGAAGACCCAUCACAAGUGGUUCUGCCAGGGGAAGCAACAAAGACCAAGGAUGGGGGACAAACAUUGCUCCCCCAACGCCUACGGCAGGACCGGGAUCUCAUCGCUCACAGCAAGGGCAUGGAUCUAACAAAGAUCCUUGGAAGACUAAUGGAUGGGCCUCUAACAUGCCAUGGGGAGACGGUGCGAGUGGAGAGAAUGCAAAGGAAGCCAGCAACCAGGGCAAGGGAAGCAACAGGGACAAUGCCUGGGGCGGCAACACUGGUGCGCCACAAGCUUGGGGCUCAGCACACGGUGGCAGUAAUAGGAGCAACAGGCAAAACGGCAAUAACGGCGGGCAAUGGGCUACCGAUGCGAAUAACCAGACGGGGACCAAAGGUUGGGGUGGUGGUGGCUCGAAUGUCAGCAAGAAGGAAAGCGCUCUUCCUGGCUGGCCGACACAUUCUCCCAAAUGUCCACCUCCUCAGAACCCCUGGGCCAGCUCAAACAGUGGCCCCAACAAUGAAGGCUCCGCAGGAGCAAACGGCGGCUGGAACGAUCCAAAAUCCAAAACGACUGGAGACUGGGGUGGUGGUGGUGGUGCGUCUACGAAUAACUGGAAUGCAUGGGGAACGGGAUCGCAAACAAACAACAUCGGCUGGAACGAGCCACCAAAAAAUACGUCCGAGAGAGCCAGCAACGGAGGAUGGAACGCGCAGCCGAGUGGGAACAGCAACGUGGCUUGGGGCGGUGGCGGCAGUCAGCGUAAUGAUCCAGCCCCUGAUGCCCCGGUUGACGGUCCCUCGGAUGCUCGGCCCCAGGGUUCCCAUCCAGCUAACCAAGACGUAGGCCCCAACGAUUGGAAUAAUCCCGGUCCGGGUGAUUCGACGAACUGGGGGAAACGCGGAGGUGGAGCAAACAGCAACUGGAGCUACAACAAUGUCGGCGGCGCGCCUAAUGAUGAGGGUGGCGGCUGGGGUCGAAGUGGCUCGACCAAAGGUACGCCACCACGUCCUCCUUCUAUCCCAGCCAAUCAAUUGCAAAGUGCACCCAAUCCACCCCAAGACGAUACCACCAAGCCUCCCUCAGAUUCGGGUUCUGGUGCUGGAAACUGGGAUACUCGUUCUAGGCAUAGCGGUGGAGGUGGGAAACAAGUAAAUGAUGGGGAUAAAGGAGAUGGAGCGGAGAGGAUGCCGUGUACUUGGCCCACUCCAUUACCGAGCGCGCAUCCUGACGGUGGCUGGCCAAGCGAUGGCAGCGGCAACGACAAGAUUACUGACAAAGAAGUACCAGAGGCCUUCUUCGGUCCAGUCGGUCCUUCGAACGUAUGCGAUCAGCCGGCGACUUCUGACAACAAUGUCGGCGGAGCUCCCAAUGCCGGAUGGGCAAACGCCCCCAGCGACAACCAAAACAACAAUUGGACCGGUGGCGGAGGAGGCGGCAACUGGAAUUCCAGCAAUGUCGGAGGGGCAGUAUCAACAGGUGGAGAUGGAGGCUAUGGGCCCGCAGGUAAUGCCGGGCCGAUAUCAGAAAUCCCACCAUGGGGUGAUGCCACAGCAGCUCAGAGCACUCGUCCCGAGCCCCAGCAGCAGAAACCAAACAACAUAUGGUGA